AGCUUCACAGCCCGCUAGGGUUUUUGGAUGGUAAUUAUUAGUCGGAAGCUCCAGGGCGAGAUCGAUCGAGUUCUGAAAAAAGUUCAGGAAGGAGUUGAAGUUUUUGAUAGUAUCUGGAAGAAGGUAUACGACACUGAUAAUGUGAAGAAUCAGAAGGAGAAGUUUGAGGCCGAUUUGAAGAAGGAAAUUAAAAAGCUUCAGAGGUAUAGGGACCAGAUAAAGACUUGGAUUCAGUCCAGUGAGAUCAAGGAUAAGAAGGUUAGUGCCUCUUAUGAGCAGGCUUUGAUGGAUGCUCGCAAGGUCAUUGAAAAGGAAAUGGAAAGAUUUAAGAUAUGUGAAAAGGAAACUAAGACAAAAGCAUUCUCAAAAGAAGGCCUGGACCAACAACCGAAAACGGAUCCCAAGGAAAAGGCCAAAGCAGAAACAAGAGAUUGGUUGAACAAUGUGGUUAGUGAUCUAGAAUCACAAAUUGAUAGUUUUGAAGCUGAGAUCGAGGGCCUGUCUGUUAAGAAAGGAAAGACAAGACCACCCAGAUUGACACAUUUGGAGUCAUCCAUUACCCGGCACAAGGCUCAUAAUUGAUAUUGAGGCUUAUGGAUAUUACAGGAGGACUUUGAUGAAUUUAGUGAUGUUGAUGAUCUUUAUAGUUCUCUACCAUUGGACAAAGUUGAGGUCCUUGAAGAUCUGGUUACACCCCACCAGGUCUUACUAUGGUUGGUGGUGCCUUAAGCAUAAAAAAUUCUUUAACAACAGUGCCUAUGCAAUUGAUGGUAUGUGCUUAUUAUUAAUUCAUAAGUUUCUGAAGAAUGUGAUAGGAGAUAAAUGUUAAGACUUUAAAGGGCCAUAAUAAGAACACUUGGGGGGAAGUUUAACAUAUGUAGGUAAGAUAAUAUGUUAAGUUUAUUAAGAUCAUAUUGGUAGCAGUAGAUAAAUAUUACAUAUUCUGGACAUUAUGGUUAUAUUUUGAUUCAAAGUAAUACAGACUAGUAUUUGAAUCUUAUUA